AUGCUGCGGCCGUGCCGGGAGGCGGGCGGCGGGCGGCGGGACUACCUGCUGGAGGCGGCGCGGCAGCUGCGGCUGGCGCUGGAGCGCGACGUGAGCGAGGACUACGAGGAGGCCUUCGCCCACUACCAGAACGGCGUGGACGUGCUGCUGCGCGGCGUGCAGGCGGACCCCAACAAGGAGCGGGGCGAGGCGGUGAGGAGGAAGAUCGCGCAGUACCUGCGGCGCGCCGAGGAGAUCUUCACCUGCCACCUCCAGCGCAGCCUGGGCGACGGCGGCCCCGCGGGCACGGGUUACAGCAGCCUUCGCUUACGGCCCAUCAGGACGCUGAGCGCGGCGGUGGAAAACCUGAGGCGGUGUAAGGUGGUGGGAGUGAUCGACAAGGUGCAGAUAGUCCAGGAUCCAGCCACCGGUGGGACCUUUAUCCUGAAGAGCCUCCCCAAAUCCCACGUUGAGACCCGCGAGCGACAGACCAUCAUCCCUCAUGGCGUCCCCUUCAUGGUCAAGCUGCUGCGCUACUACGCGAGCGAGGACUCCAUCUUCCUCCACCUGGAGCACGUGCAAGGGGAGACACUGUGGUCCCACCUGCGUGCCAAGUACCGUGCCCAGCAGGGCCCUCCCCACGGCUCUGGCUCCCUGCAUUCCAAAGCUGCCCCGGCCCCGAGGGCCCGCAGCACAGAGGACGGUGAGGGAAGCGCCCCGGGGAGCAGCCAAGGCCCCGUGGACCCAGCAGCAUCCACCAAAGGCCGCAGCCACUGUGCCCACCAGGGGCUGGUCGCCUGCCCCCAGGACUCUGUAACCACCGGUGAGGCCGGGGGCUGUGUGUCGGCGAGAGCAGCCCCCCGGCACGAUCCCAGACCGCUCGGUGGUGAAAGGCUGCCCCCGCUGCCUGCCCCCAGGCCCAAGGCUGGGAGAGGGGACCUCCUGCCUCAGCAAGUGUCCGAGCCCCUCCUGCCUUCCUCCUUGGGUUGGCGGCAGCUUGACCCAGCCCUGCAGGAGCCCUGGCAAGGGGCGAGCCUGACCUGUGGCCGGUCUGCGGCCUCCUGUGGACUCCGCAGGGCUCCGGCCUCCUGGGGGCACGGCCGCAGAGCUUGGGCUGUGAAGGAAGAGCAGGUGCAGCUGUGGGCAGCAGAAAUCCUCUUGGCCCUAGAGGGGCUUCACCAACAGGGUGUGUUGUGCCGGGACCUCAACCCCAGGAACCUGCUGCUGGACAUGGCUGGUCACGUCCGUCUCACCUUCUUUGGCCAGUGGACAGAGGUGGCACCACAGUGCUGCAGCCAGGCGCUGGAGGAGCUGUACAGUGCCCCAGAAGUGGGGGGGAUUGCUGAGCCAACCGAAGCGGCCGACUGCUGGAGCUUCGGGUCGCUGCUGUACGAGCUGCUGACAGGAGUGCCGCUGUCCCAAAGCCACCCGUCGGGGAUUCACCCUCACACCCAGCUGCACCUGCCAGAGGGGCUCAGCCUGGCGGCCGUGUCACUUCUCACCCAGCUCCUGCAGCACAACCCCAAGCGGCGUUUGGGUGCUGGUGGCGGCGGGAUCGCCAAGCUCAAGUCCCACUCCUUCUUCAGCACCGUCCCGUGGAACAAGCUGGUGGGCUAGGCAGGAGGGGAGCGCAGCUGGCCACGGGGCCGCCUCCGUCCCCAGCCUGUGAACCCGCCUGGGGGCUCUGCCCGCGGAGGGGGGAGGUUUUCCUGCCAGGGCUGUGCUGUGGGGGUGUGUAGGGGGGAACAGAUGCGUGCAUGAGGUUUUUGAGGCAUUAGAUGUUCUGUCACCACGCCUGUGAGCCUGUGGUCCCUUCCACUCGGUCCCCAUGGUGGGAUGGGAGUCCGUGCCCUGAGCCCUGCUGUGCCACCCUUCCCACCCUUC